ACUUUUUAAAAAGCAGUGGCUGAUUCUUUCCAAUUAGACAUUCUGAGAAGCUUAUGAGAGCCUGAAACCAUGUGGUUCAUCCUCCUUCUUUUCCAAUUGGCACUAAGCCUCCACCUUGGUCUCCUCUGCCCCAGUAGCUGUUUGUGCGAGCCAAAUGGAGAGGUCAAAUGCAGAGGUCCUGUCACUGACAUACCACCACUGAAGGCCAACCAGACCGUCCGCCUGAUUCUUAACGCUACUCUCAUUCAAAUCCUUAAUGCCCGAAGCCUUGAGUCUCUCACGCUGCUACUGCGACUGGGCAUCACCCACAGCUCUCUUAGAACCAUCCACCCUGAAGCCUUCCACAGUGCACCUCAGCUUCGUUCCCUCAAGCUGAGCUCCAAUGCCCUCACUGUCCUUCCCCCCAGGGUGUUCAUCAGGCUGAGAAACCUGGAGCAGCUGCACCUGAAUGGGAACCUGCUGACGUCCCUCAGCAUGGACACGUUUGAAGGGCUGGCCAAUCUCAUCGAGCUGGACAUUAGCAAAAACCAAAUUGCGAAGUUGGAUGCCAGCGUCUUCCAACACAUGAAAAAUUUGAUAUCUCUGAAUUUGGCUGGAAAUGUACUGCGAAAGCUCCCCCAGAUGGUGUUUCACAACCUGAUGCACCUCAAAUCACUAUUGCUAUACUUAAACCAGCUGGAGACUCUAGAAGAAGGUUGCUUUGAUCAUCUGCAUAGAAUGUUGGUUCUGAUGCUGCAUAGGAACCAAAUCCGAGAAAUCCCUCCACGAGUCUUUUGGCAUAUGCCUGCCCUUCUAACACUGACACUGUCUGGAAAUGAACUACGCUAUAUUCCAGGUGAGAGCCUUUACUAUCUACCCAACCUUACUAAGCUCACUUUAUACAAGAAUCCUCUACUAUCUUUGCCAGACCAGCUAGUGGGCCAUAUGCCAAGACUCCAAGAGCUCUACCUGUAUGAUACCAAUCUUACCACUGUGCCACAGAACCUUUUUGCAAAUAUGACUGGCCUCAGGAUGCUGAAUUUACACUUUAAUAAAAAACUCAGUUUUUUGCCUAAGCACCUCUUCUGCUGCCUGCCCAAUCUCCAAAAGCUAUCUUUAAAAAACAACAAUCUUCAGAGUCUACAUGAAGAUCAAUUUUCUACCCUGACCAAUCUUAGGAUCCUACUACUCAGUAACAACAAACUUCAGUCCCUGCCAACCACAAUCUUUCAAAAUCUCCAAAAUCUGGCCGAACUUGAACUGGGUAACAAUCUUCUCAGGUACAUCACAGGAAAUGUUUUUGCAAGUGCGCAUGUGCUGCAGUCCAUUACCCUUGGAGGGAACCGGUGGAACUGCAUAUGCAGAAUUUUGGACAUUGUUGAAUGGAUCAGUGAAAACCAGAAGCUGGUCACCGAUCUGGAUGUGGUAGUAUGCCAUGAACCUUACUACUUGAAAAACCAUCCCCUGGUAUCAAUAACCUACGCCAGUGUCCAGUGUCAUGUUCCUCCCGCCACUGCUGCAGCGACUCCUCUAAAAAGAAUUCUCCCACUGUCCUCAACCAUCACAGGAAUUACCACAAAACCUCAUACAUCCACGAGUGGGCCUAACACUGUUCUGACACAAAUUCGUUCACUCCACAGUGCUCUCUACAGUUCUCCAUCAUCUCCUAUAACUACCAAAGUAUUUCAUGUCAACACCGAGUCAGGCAUCUCCAGAGCAUUUUAUGACACAGUGGUGAUAGAUAACAGUCCUGACAUAGUUCAUAAUAACCGGCAUCUAGGCUGGGUGUACCUGUGGACAGUGCCUGAUCCUGGACUUUACAACACACUCUUGAUGUCUUUGUAUGUUGCGUUCGUAGUCACUGGUGUUAUUCUAAUUGUGGCCUGUGCUUAUGAAUUAUACCGGCUUAACAAGGUUAUGUGGGAAUUAGGUAUGACUGUUACUAGAAAUAACAUAAUAGUUAAAAGACUGCCAAGUUUGAAAGGCAAACUGUAGCACAUUAUUCAUGUUGUGUCUACACUAUAGUUUAUUUUUCUGUUUUAAGCAUUUAUCAGUAUUGUGAUUGACUGAUUCAUAUCUGCUUGAAGACCACUCUUCUAAUUUUGUGAGUCUAAUCAAUUAUAGCAACAUAGUUAUAGCAGCUUUUUAAUAUAAAUAAUGAUUCAUGCUCAAUUGGUAACUAAAGUGAGCACAUGGGUAUAAAAUGUUUAUUCAGUAACUAGGAACUCCAUCUCCAAAGUAUAUAUAAAUGUUGUUUACCUCUUCAUGUCUGUCACUUAUAUGUCUUAAUUGCAUU